AGCGACCCGCCCCAUCCCCUCCCAAUCUCCGAGGGAGGAGAGGAGAGUGGGAGAGAGGAGGGGGGCUCGGGGAGGCUCGGCUUUAAAAGGCAGCUGGACCAGCGCUGCCCGCCAGACCCCGCCGCCCGGAUCCCUUGCGCUGCCCGCCGCCCCACGUGACCGCGCCGACCACCGGCUGCACCGCGAGCCCGCUCGCCAUGGCCCUCUUCAGGGCCCUGAUCCUAGCGCUGCUGGCCGGCGCUCACGCCGAGCUCCCCGGCUGCAAGAUCCGCAUCACCUCCAAGGCGCUGGAGCUGGUGAAGCAGGAGGGGCUGCGCUUUCUGGAACAAGAGCUGGAGACCGUGACCAUCCCGGACCUGCGGGGCAGUGAGGGCCACUUCUUCUACAACAUCUCUGAGGUGAAGGUCACAGAACUGCAGCUGACAUUCUCUGAGCUCCAUUUCCAGCCAGACCAGGAGCUGGUGCUACAAAUCAACAACGCCUCCUGGGGGCUGCGCUUCCGGAGACAGCUCCUCUACUGGUUCUUCUAUGAUGGGGGCUAUAUCAACGCCUCUGCUGAGGGUGUAUCCAUCCACACUGCUCUGCAACUCUCCCGGGAUACCAUUGGCCGGAUCAAAGUGUCCAACGUCUCCUGCCAGGCCUCUGUUUCCAGAAUGCAUGCAGCCUUUGGGGGAACCUUCAAGAAGGUGUAUGAAUUCCUCUCCACGUUCAUCACCUCAGGGAUGCGCUUCCUCCUCAACCAGCAGGCUGCCACCUCCCAGAUCUGCCCCGUGCUCUACCACGCAGGGACUGUGCUUCUCAACUCGCUGCUGGACACCGUGCCUGUGCGCGGUGCUGUGGAUGAGCUUGUUGGCAUCGACUACUCCCUCCUGAAGGAUCCCGUGGCCUCCACCAGCAACCUGGACAUGGAAUUCCGGGGGGCCUUCUAUCCCCUGACUGAGGCCAACUGGAGUCUGCCCAACCGGGCGGUGGAGCCCCAGCUGCAGGAGGAAGAGCGGAUGGUGUACGUGGCCUUCUCUGAGUUCUUCUUUGACUCUGCCAUGGAGAGCUACUUCCGGGCAGGAGCCCUGAAGCUCUCGCUGGUGGGGGACAAGGUGCCUCAUGACCUGGAUAUGGUGUUGAGGGCCUCCUACUUUGGGAGCAUCGUCCUGAUGAGCCCGGCAGUGAUCGACUCUCCGCUGAAGCUGGCGCUGCGGGUCACGGAGCCUCCUCGCUGCACCAUCAAGCCCUCGGGCACCACUGUCUCCGUCACGGCCAGUGUCACCAUCGCCCUGGUGCCACCCAAGCAGCCCGAGGUCCAGCUGUCCAGCAUGAUCAUGGAUGCCCGACUCAGCGCCAAGAUGGCCCUCCAGGGGAAGGCGCUGCGCACCCAGCUGGACCUGCGCAGGUUCCGAAUCUACUCAAACCAAUCUGCAUUGGAGUCACUGGCACUGAUACCAUUGCAGACCCCUCUGAAGACCCUGCUGCAGAUUGCAGUGAUGCCCAUGCUCAAUGAGCGGACCUGGCGUGGGGUGCAGAUCCCACUUCCCGAGGGAAUCGACUUUGUGCGUGAGGUGGUGAGAAACCACGCGGGCUUCCUCACCAUCGGGGCUGACCUCCACUUUGCCAAAGGGCUGAGAGAAGUGAUUGAGAAGAACCGGCCCGCUGACACCAGGGACCCCCGGACAUCCAGCGCCCCGCCACCCUCCACAGCAGCUGUCUGAGCCCUCAGCCCCUACCCUGGCAGCUGCAUUCAGGACUCCACCACCUCUCAUCCCCUCCCUCACCCCAUCACAGCCUCUAGUGUCCUCUAUAACCCCCAGUGCCACAGAGAAGACGGGGUUUUAAGAUGUACCCAAUUUAAUUCCAUAAUCACAGUCAAUCCAUCAAUUACAGUCCGUCCACUCUC